AUGAAGUUCUCUUUCGCUGCUACCGUUGUUGCUGCUCUCGCCGCAGGUGCCGUUGCCUCUGUCUCCGCCGAAGAAGAGUACACGACUGUCGUGGUCACCGAGUAUACCACGUUCUGUCCCGAAGCCACGACCCUGACGGCUGGAUCCGAGACCAUUGCUGUGCCAUCGGCCGGAAUCGUCACCCUCUCAAACGGCCCUUACACCGUCACUCGUCCCCUGAUCACCUCCACCGUCACCCGCUGCACCACCUGCACCUCCCCCACUUCUAUCGCCGUCCCCGCUUCCUCUGUCCCCGUCAUCCCGGGCUCAGGAUCAGCAUCAGGAAGCUCCGCCGCGGCGGUCUCCUCCGCCUCGAGCUCCCUGGUCUCCGCUGCUCCGACCAACGUGGCCGCCACCGGGUCCGCCACUUCGCCUGCGGGCCCGACGUUCACGGGCGCGGCGUCUCGUCUGGCUGUGGGUGCUGGGGCCGGGCUGGCGGGGGUUUUCGGGCUCGUGGCUUAUCUUUUGUAA